CGUAUGUGCCCAUUAAAAAAAGACUAAAAGCAUCAUCAUCAUCACGUUGUGACGUCGUCUGCAAAAUUAGUUUCUUCACACGAGAAGGCUUGUAGCAGUACGUUCACCUUUGUUUCGUUCUCUUUCCUGCUGCGGUACCAGCUGCUUCUGCCUAUAAUCGCCUUACUCAUCAGCCAUGACCUCUCCGUGAACACCGAGUCUGGUGAGCUUCGCAGAAUUAGUUCAAGCAGCCGACUCGAGUGCCGGUUUUCGCAUGACUUCGAUGUAAACAUGGGAGCCUUUUGGGGUAGAACGGCUGAAAGCGAGGACACUUGCAUAUUCUGCAAAAUUGCUGCGGGCAAGGAGCCGAAGACAACUCUUCUCUACCAGGACGAAGACUAUGUCGUCUUCUCGGACAUUCACCCGGCAUCGACACAUCACUACCUCAUUGUUCCCAAGAAGCAUGUGAAAGAUACGAAAUCGCUAUCGCGCACCGAUAUUCCUUUAGUAAAUCAUCUUGUUGAGAUUGGGAAGCAAGUGCUGGAACAGUGUGGUGGAAGCAUGGAUUCCUGCAGCUAUGAAUUGUCUCGUAGGAUGGGCUUUCACUGGCCUCCCUUCACGAGCAUCUCCCACCUGCACCUGCACGUGAUUGCCCCCGUGGCAGAUAUGUCCAUGCUGGCCCGUCUCGUCUUCUGGCCUCGAACACCAUGGUUCAGUCUGGUGGAGGACACCAUCAGCUACUUGGAGCAGUUGCAACCACCGGCCUCUUCUUGAAGCACUACCUAAUAGUAUUGUCACCUUGGGGACCAUUUCUUCCCAUCUUGUAUCUCGUUGCUCGUCUGCAUUCCAUGUUUUUGGCUGCGAUCACCUUGUCCAUCGGCUACCAGGGGUGACUCUGUUACUGCUGAAGUUACAUUGAACAAAAAGUUCCAAAGAACAAUUGCGCUGUAUUGAAGAUGCAGUAUUAAGAACAGUGAGCUCAGAGAGGACUAACUUAAUGUAGCCGUUUGAGGUGACUGUGCCCUUUGGAAAAUGAACAAGUUUGUUGUUGCGGUAAUUGCAUGCUAUGCACAAUUGCAUGCACUUACUUGUUGCCUUUUUGUUAUCUUUCGGUACAUAUUUCUUAUGGCUAACCCCUGAAUUAACGUCAUAUGGCAUCCAGCCUGAAGUCGCUACUGUUGUUCAGCAGUACACACAACACACAGCCUGCAAUCUAAAGAGCUUACACAUUCUCAGAAAAAAAGGUUUCUGGAAAAGUGCCUGGGAAUAUUGUGUUCAUUAGACUGCGAGCAUUUAUUAAACAGCUGGAUUAAUGCAUAUUUUUCUAUGUAGACCAUCUAAAUAAAGCUGUCUGAUUAUAGCAAGACUUGUCACUGGCAUUGGAGGUCUGCAAUGUUCUCUCAGUAGUGCACUAUUUUUCAUCCUUCACACCACAACCGAAGUUGCCCACUGUGUCAAACAAAAAGUGUGGUUACCAUUACUGUGACAUUUUAUUUAAUUACAUGACUUGUUUUUGGCCAAUGUCUAGACCUUGUGUGACAGUACAUAUGUGGGCAUUUGGUCAUCGAAUGAAGGGGAGCAAAGUGUGCCUGCCCACCCCCCCAAAUGUGAAAGCAACAAGCUUCAUAUCGGAUGCAAAUGAAGUGGUCUCACAAAAGCCAGCUUUUUUGGGUAAAGGUACGGCAUAAGCAGUUUCUUGAAUGUAACAUCAUGGGUCCUUGGUCGUCAUUAUAUAUAAUAAAAAAAACAUGCAUAUC